GUCUGGCUGAAUCGAAGGUAAAGUAAUUCCGUGUCCAGCCGCAUAGAUGGCACUGGGGUGUGGCGCAGUAGAAAUCAUGGAGCAAUGGAAGUGGCGCACCGCCUCCUACGCCACACUCGGCUCUCGCUGCUGGCCGCAGCGGCCAACUUCACUCGAUCGAGUUUUUCUUUCAGUCGAACCGAACAAAAUGCCAAUGGUGGAUGGGUGGUGAGUCGCACGGUACGAUAUCGCUGAAAUUAUCAUGUGAAUAGUGAUCCGCAGUGAACCGUAGUGUCGUAUAUAGGAAGCUAGAUCGACCCUGGCUCCCGCACUCCGGAUAUUCCCGCGUCUCUCACCUGAAACGUUAUGACAGAGUGACGGGAUUUGGGUAAUACUUAACCAUCGCGCGAAUAGGAAUAGAGUGGACAGGACAAUGGAUCAUCAACAGGGCAGGAAACAGAUCGCCUCGCCGGAAGUGGCUAUGGCUAGUGAAGUUUUCGAUCUGUUCUGCAAUGCAUCCACUCUCAAGUCCAUUCUUGGCCACUUUCGACACCUCUGCGAACUCCUCAAGAUCAAGCCUAAUAGCUUCAAUCAGUUUUAUCCAAAGCUGAAGUCGAAAUUACGCUCGUGGAAGGCGCAGGCACUUUGGAAGAAGUUUGAUCAGCGGGCCAAUCACAAGUGUUAUAAUCGUGGCAAAGCCUGCCCGAACACGAGGGUCUUGAUCAUCGGAGGUGGUCCAUGCGGCUUACGCUCGGCUAUAGAGGCACAAUUACUUGGGGCCAAAGUCGUGGUCGUCGAGAAGAGGGAUCGCAUGUCCAGGAAUAAUGUGCUUCACUUGUGGCCUUUCGUCAUUCAAGAUCUUCGUGCGCUUGGGGCCAAGAAAUUCUUUGGAAAAUUUUGCGCAGGCGCCAUCGAUCAUAUAAGUAUACGGCAGUUGCAGUGUAUUUUGUUAAAAGUAGCUUUGAUCCUGGGAGUAGAAUUUCACGAGGGUGUCAGCUUCGAGUCCCUGGUACCACCACCUGAAAAUCAAGAGGAAGGCAAAAUUGGAUGGCGUGCAAAAAUCACACCAGCAGAUCAUCCCGUCUCCCAGUACGAAUUUGAUGUUCUAAUCGGGGCUGAUGGUAAAAGGAAUACUCUGGAAGGAUUCAAAAGAAAGGAAUUUCGAGGGAAACUAGCCAUUGCUAUAACUGCUAAUUUUAUCAAUAAGAGAACAGAAGCAGAGGCCAGGGUGGAGGAGAUAAGCGGGGUUGCCUUUAUCUUCAAUCAGAAAUUCUUUAAGGAACUGUACCAGGAUACCGGUAUCGAUCUUGAGAAUAUUGUCUAUUACAAAGAUGACACGCAUUACUUCGUCAUGACUGCCAAGAAACAUAGUCUUAUCGAUAAGGGUGUUAUACUUCAGGAUCAUGCGGACACGGCCAAGUUACUUGCUAAAGAAAACGUCGACAGGGAAGCACUGAUGUUAUAUGCUAGAGAAGCUGCUGAAUUCUCGACGGAGUAUCAAAUGAUGGACAUGGAAUUCGCUGUUAAUCAUUACGGUCAACCGGACGUAGCCAUGUUUGACUUCACCUCUAUGUAUGCUGCCGAAAAUGCUAGUCGAGUCCUAGAGCGACACGGUCACAGAUUGCUUAUGAUCUUGGUCGGGGAUAGUUUACUGGAGCCAUUCUGGCCAACUGGUUCUGGAUGUGCAAGAGGCUUUCUCAGUUCCCUUGAUGCCUGCUGGGCUAUCAAAGGAUGGGGUGCUUCUACGACACCCUUGGAAGUGUUAGCGGAACGAGAAUCCAUUUACAGGCUUCUUGGACAAACCACGCCAGAAAACUUGAAUAGGGAUUACGCCGCCUACACACUGAAUCCUCAUACAAGGUAUCCAAAUUUGAACCUACGUUCGGUCACGCCGAUUCAAGUACGGGGCUUGCUGGAUACCGAUGAUCCGGACAACAUAGAGCAACCAUCUGUGCAACCCGCUGUUGAUAUUCCCAAGAAGCGUCGGCGUAGGGACCUUGGAACAGACUCUCAGGUGCAUCCCGAUACGUUGCUCCAUUGGCUAAGGCGACAGGUGGCAUUGUACGAUACGGUUCGCAUCGACGACAUGGGCUCUUCGUUCAAAGACGGUCUCGCUAUUUGCGCCAUUAUUCACAGAUACAGGCCAGACCUAAUUGAUUUUCAGUCUUUGAAAUCUGAAGAUGUGGAAAUUAACAAUCAGCUCGCCUUCGACAUCCUUGAGAAGGAAUUAGGCAUACCUCCUGUAAUGACUGGCGAGGAAAUGGCCCAGUGUGACGUCCCCGACAAACUCGCCAUGUUUUCUUAUCUGACACAGAUAUAUGAGACAUUCCGGGGCGAGAUUCCACAUAUUAAACAUCCGAAAUUGUCCUCCAUCUCUAAUGUCAACCUGCUUCUGGCUAAAGAUUUAUCAACGACACGUCGCGCACCUUCAUUAUACGAGAUAUAUAAGCCCACCCUUAAAUUGCCUACGCACUGGCCUCACAGAAUCAACGUCCCAUACUCAACUUGCUCUCAUGAAUUAUCAACUUUCGAACCACCAUCCACUGUCCCACGCACCGUAUCUAAACUCGCUAAUCUAAUGUCCUUUCAACGGCUGAGCAAACUUCUGGAUUACAACAACAAUCGUAUGACUUGGAACGACAGUAGCAAGAUAGUGGAUAACGUAUUGGAAUUGAGCAGUAUAAGGAACUGGCUUGAAAAUAAUCAUAGAGUAUCAACAUUGAAGCGAAUGUUUGAAUCUAAGAGCAGACGUAGUUGGAUGCUCAGGAUGGAAGACCAAUUCGGCGAUAAGAAAGUCGAUCCAAUCAGAGAGAAUAUACCUGAACCGGAAAAAGAGGAGAGGCCCACGUAUUCGAAACAAUUGAGCCAAUUGACACCGGAGCAAAAGGCUCAAUUGAUUGGACGUAUUGCCAAACAGGAUAAUACUAAUACUCGUGCCAGGCACUCACGUUCUUCUCGCCAUAGCAACGAACACGCACAGAAUCCAUUGGAGAAGAAGGGCGAUUCGAUUAGCCGUCGUUCCAGAAAGCGACGUAGCACCGAAAAAAUGGGAGCUACAGUGGAGGAAAGACAGAAGAGACUCGAGGACAUUGAAAAGAAUCGAAUCGAACGCAUGAGGAAGCGUCAGUAUCUACGUAAAAUGGCGACACAGCAAUUCUACAAAAGUAUGCAGAUGCUGGCUGCGAAUGCAAAACGAGACAAGGACGAACCCUUUGAGGAUUAUUCAAUAUUUCUUUAUCGUCAAACCGCUCCUGAUUUCAAGGAUAGAGUCAAAGAUCUCGAGCAGAAAAUUCUCUACCCAGACAGAGAACCAAAACUUCAUGCCGGACAGCACAGGGGUAGCGUAGACGAAGGAUUCUCUGGUAGAAUAAAAAAUAUUGAAGAUAAAUUAAGAGGCACUGCUCCCAGUGACAAGAAACCGAAGGAUCUAUUACGUGCUAUCGGUAAAAUCGAGAAAACGGAUUGGAACGUGAAGGAAAUCGAAAAGAAAAUAGAAGAGAACAAAAUGGGACGGGGAAUACGUCAAGACAAAGUGGAACGUGUACCAAAAUGGAGUCGAGAGCAGGUCUCUAUAUGCUUUAUUCAGUUUUUAGCUCGACAAACCAAGAUGGAGAAGAAAGGGCGCAACCCGAACGAGCCGGACAGUAAGUACGCCGAUAUUGACAGCACCCUCAAGAAUAUUGACAAGAAGAUCAAAGAGGGUAAUGUCCUUGGGCACAAUAAAGUCUCAGCAAUGGCUGAACAAUUUGCUAAUAAGAAUCAGGAUGCUGAACCGAAGGUGCAGAGAUCGAAUUCAAAAGCAGCCCUAGUGCUACCAGCACAAGGAGGCUCAGAAAUGUGCCACUUCUGUAACAAGAGGGUUUACCUGAUGGAGAGGCUCAGCGCAGAAGGCAAAUUCUUCCAUCGUGGUUGCUUCCGUUGUGAAUAUUGCUCAACCUCUCUAAGGAUAGGGAACCAUACGUUUGAUAGAGAUAAACAUGGCGGACGAUUUUAUUGUAUGCAGCAUUUCGGCCUAUCGGGAACCAUGAAGGCUAGAGUAGAGAAGAAGAAAAUUCCUGUUCUAAAUAAAGAAAAUAUACCAAAUACAUCCAUUAAUAUGAAAACUCCAGAAAAGUCUAAAACACCAUUGGAAGGAGUCGCCGGACUUGAUUUACUUGAUCGAGGUCAAACACCAGAGAGGAUAGAAUUUGAAAAUCUUGCUGGUGUCUCAGACGCUGAAGAACCUCGUAGUCAGAUGGAUGAGGAUGAAUGGACGGAUCGUAAUUUCGGUGCGUCAGCAGCCGAAAUGGGAUCCAGUGAUGAUAUAUCUGAUAUGAGCGAUUCCGAUGAUGACAACGAGGUCUUCGAGGAGGCUAUAGAUCAGCCAUUGACAACAGAAGGAACCUUAGAACUUGCAAAAAAUUGGACACUGCGUUAUUCUCAUCCACAUGCCACUACAGGUCAUUCAGAUACCGGAAGCAACGAAUACGAAGACUCCAGCGAUGAAUAUACUAGUGAAGUCGAAUUCUUUUUGUGCCCAGAUGAAGAAAGCGGCACGGCAACCGAGGACGAGGAAGAGGUUCGCGCCAGGGAAUUGAGGAAACAAGAAGUAUGGCUGAAGGUCCCUCCACGCAGCUCUGAUACUGACACUGGCUCGGAAACAGAGGUUGCAUCGGAUGAAGAUUCCACGGAGGACAGCGCAGAGAAUUCAGCAACGGAAAUUUCGACAGAUUCCGAAUUCGAGCACGACGGUACAACACCCACUCAGCAUGAGAUACCGGAAAUUGCCAUAAACGAUUCGUACGUUCGUAAGGGUCGUGGGAAUUAUGUGGAGCCUAAAAAAGUCCAAGUGAAAAGUCACGUGAUACCAUCAAUCAAUGGAAACUUGAAGCAGAACAAAGACACGGGUGUCAAGUUGAAGUUCACAAAGCUGGACCCUGGCAAGGAGCCAUUGCGUCCACAGAAUGAACUCCACCUCAGUCGACCUAUCGCAAAGACAAUUUCUCCCAGUCCUUUGAUGAACCCUCGAAAAGGAGAUUAUUUAUUGAAUCGAACUCACUCUACGGAAGGCAUUGCAUCUAAACUGUCUCUGGAAUUGAAGAAGAGAUAUCUAUUGGGUGGAUCAGCACUUGGUGGAUCGGUUAUGAAGUCCGGAUCGACGUCAAACGUUGAUACAAAAUUGCGAAGCUUGACAGACGCCAUAUCGCAACAUCAGAAAUUGCUGAAUCCAGCACCAGAGCCUAGUCCUACUAUGCAAGCUUUCUUGCAAGGUACCAGCAAGCUUCGUUCCAGCAAUACACAACUUUCUCCUAUCUCUCCUACUGCGAUCUUCUCAGCAUCUCCCCUGAAGCCAUUCAGCUUUGAUCAACAAACAAAGACCGAGGAUAGUGUUGCUGGUAAAACUACUGCCAUGCCGGAUGUAUCCAAGAUGCAGUUACCGGAUUUGUUAAAAGAGACCAGCAUCCUGAAGUCUAAGACAGAUCCUAAUAUCGUACGUAAAGAAUCGCCUAAAAUCAGUGAAAAGAAGCCAAUUAGAGAAAUCAUGGCCCCCAAACAGAUUGAUGCUCAAGCAAUAGUUAAGGAAGACGAGGAAAUUAUUGAACUUGAAAGGACAACUAAUAUUGAACCUAUGGAUAAUAUUGAUGACGGUGCAGAUUGUAGGCCUAGGUCGCCUUUACAUGAAACUUCUAUCAUCGUGCCUCAAGUAAAUUGGAAUAAAAAUAAGGAGACCAAGGACGGAGACAGUUCCGAGGACUCGGAAAUAGAUAGUGAUUCCUUGUCGUCUAGCGAUGUCGAAUUUGAUGAAGGUGCUGCAGAUGAACAAGUCGUGCCAAUUAAUCUGUCUCCUCCUAGACUGCAGAUUCAUAGUACUGAUGGAGAUCUUCUUCUGGACGAGGAAGUCGAAGAUAAAAAUAAGGACGUGGACGAGACUGCGGCAUUUGAGCCGGAUUCUAUUGAAUGUAUUCGUAUUGAUGAUGAUUUGAUUUCUCGUGCGGAAUACAUGGAUGGUUUGGUGUCCGAGAAGAUACCUUCUGAAGGGGAUGAAGUAGUUAAUAAUAAUUUGGAGCAGGGUGAUAGUAAAAAGAGCUACAGUAAUUGCAGUAGUCCUACGUCUGUUGUAUCGAAUAUAUCCAAUAAGCAGGACGACUCUGAGGAAAAUGAUGUAACGACGGCUGCCCUUACGGAAACAGAAUUUUCUGAAUGGGCUCGUGACGGGGAAGGAUUGGUAUCUGAUGAUCUGCGAGAUGUCGAAUUCAAUAUUAAUCCGGAAUUCAUUACGACUAGAAGGAAUAAACUGAUGCAGCAUAUGAAACUGCCUAAUGUCCCUGUGAGAAUAGCUAAAGAAGAGGACCUGACCGAUAUUGAAUUAGAGUCUUAUAGAUUGGAUAAGAUUAUUGACUUCCCUAAUAAUAAUACUUCCAAGCUCCUUGCUAACGGUGAGAAUAUUGAUUUUAUGGAUACUGACAACGAGUCUUUGCUGGAUGACAGUCUACAGGAUGCUACUAAUAUAGCGCUUAUUAAAAAUAGAGGAUAUGUGGAAUUUGUUAAUAUAAAAACAGCUUCGACACCUACACGGACUCCAAUGGAAGUAAAAGCUGAUGCUCCCAUUGCUAAAACUGAAGUGGAAAAUGAAUCUGGAUCAGAGCAUGAACAGUAUAAGGAUGAUAAUGUUAUAGAAAUAAAUCCUGUGACUAUGGAUGAUGUUAUGGACAGGUUGAAUGGUGCCAUGAACAAAUCAGUGAGUGUACCACCAAGAAAUUUAAAUCUUGACACGAGUGCAGGUGAUACAAUUGUUGAACUAGAAGAGCAACCACCUGUGGAAGCAAUAAAUAGAGAACUUUUCCAAUCGAUGGACGAGGAUAGUCUACUGAUAGUCGAACAAGCAGAGGAUACGACGACCAGUGAAAUAAUCACAGUUCUUGCCAGUCCUAUAAAUCCACAAAUGCCAGUAAUAUCGAAUCAAGUUGAGAUAUCGAAUAACGAGGAACCGUCCAAGUCUGCAGUUGACACGAACAACCCGGACUACUUAGAAUACGUUAAGCGUUUGCAGUCUAGGAUUGCUGAAUUCAGCAAUGCAAAGGAUUCCAUUGACAUCAGAAAGUCCAAGAGAAAGAAUUCAAAGAGCUCUGCGCAAUUGCGUUCUGCAGAAAUGAUUGCUGAGGAGAUCAAGAAUCAGGAAGUUGGUGCCAACAAUAGUUUUAAUUCUCCAGCAACUUCACGUAAGCUUGAGGAAAUCACGAGAGAGCGUACCAAGCAGAAGAGCCUUAUACAGGAUCUCUUGAUGGAUAAACUAGAAGCUCACAAACAAAAGUCAGCUGAGAAGAAGGCACGAAGAGCAGCCAGAGCUUCUUCGUUCAGUCCAGGAUCAACUCUUUCACCCCUGAAAUUUACAGAAACUGGAUCAACAUCUCCAACGCCAAUGAAAUUUGUACCAACAUCUAUAAUAUCACCUGUAAGCAGUCCUGUUCAUACUACCUUUGCCGAAGCCAGAAACGUUCUGGAUAUGAGUACACCCACAACUAAUUUAAGUCAAGGUGGUAUCGUAAGAUCUUAUACUCUGGCAAACGUCAUGCCACUAUCUUCAUUCAAACAACAGUCCCAAGAAGAGAAAAAUUUAACAAUGUAUUCCACAACUCCUAAAGAAUCAGCCAGCACCUCUAAAAUACCUGAGAAGUUAGCAGAUGACGAAUUCAAAACACCAGUAGCACCACCUAGACUGAAGUAUGAAGAGGCCAAGAGAACUGCUGAGAAAGCGAAACAGGAAGCUCGUGAACGUGCUAGAUUAAAGAGUGACGAAGAUCUAGGAUUAAGCCCAGAGGAUAAGAUCAAAGAAUUAAGAAUGAAAGUAGCUCGCAGACAAUUAUCCAUGGAAACUAGGAAGAAGACCGAUGAAGAAUUGUCAGAGAUGAGAUCAAGACACUACAGUUUUGAAUCGACAAAGCCUGGUCACAAAUUACAAACUAGUAAGAGUACAGACAACGUAAAAGCAUUUGCUAAGAAAGUUAACGUAGAAACUUUACCUCCAUCCAAUGCAAAAUCUAUGGACGAGCUUUUGCAAACUUCUGGAUCAAAGAUGGAAAGUAGCACCAUGGUCCCUAAGAGAGAUAAGAAGAAGGCUAAGGACCCUGAGAGAAGAAAAAGCAUCAUCCAAGCAGUUUCUGAUUUCUUCAAGAAGAAAGAUUCUUCGCCAUCACCACCGAAUCAGAAAGAUAAAUUAUCAAGAUUCCGGUUGACUGGCAAAUCCAAGGAAAAGGGAAAGUUAUAUAAAUCAUAUUCGGAUGGGUCAGAUCUCGACAAGGAUAUCUCCCCGAAGUACGAUUCACGGCCUAAGAGUGUUUCUGAAGGGAUGUUAGUUGCAAGUUUCCUUAAUGAGAAUCCACCACCAAUACCUCCACCACCACUGAGUUAUGCAAUGCCAACAACUCAUAUAUCAGAUGACAGUAUAUCGGAAGACGAUUCGAAGGCAACGGCUUUGUCGGUUUCACAAAUGCACAAAACCACCCUGGCUGACGGUUCAUGUAACAGUAUAUCCCGUAAAGCCAAAACUGCUAAGCGGAUAGCAAGACAAGCACAGCUCAAAAGGUUACGAAUGGCUCAAGAAAUACAAAGAAAAUUAGAGGAGACCGAAGUGAAGCAAAGAGAAUUAGAAAGUAGAGGUGUCAGUGUUGAAAAGGCAUUACGUGGAGAAGGAGAAUCCUGUGAUCGAGAAGAAGCUGAUCUGAUGAGUGAGUGGUUUGACUUAAUGAGAGAACGAACAGAAUUGCGUAGAUACGAGAAGGAAUUGUUGGUGCGUGCUCAGGAAGUUCAGUUGGAAGAUCGUCAUGAUAGAUUGCAACAGGAACUGCGAGAAAGAUUGGCCGAUGAUGAUAAGAAGAAGACCAAAGACGAUGUGAAAAAGGAGGGAGAAAUAUUAACAGAAAUGUUGGAAAUUGUUUCAAAGCGUGACUCGCUGAUUGCUCUGCUGGAAGAGGAGCGACAAAGGUACCAGGACGAAGACCGUGAUCUUAAAAUCAGAGGUUGGCUAAAAGCCUAAGGGCCUAAGAUUAACACCAAGUAAAAAAAGGACGGUUACAGAUAUUCAGUGCAGUGCACCAUUGCGCUAAUUUUCUUCUUUUUAAUUGUCUUUUUACAUCUUACUCGUUACCCUCACGAGGACAGGAGAUACCAUAGGGAAUUGAAAUUUAUAAGACUGCGAGCAAUGCUAUACAAAGCGAUACGGGUGACAAAACACGAAAAGUCUAUGACUAUUCGAAUUAAUCCAGUCAACUUGGGAAUGUUGUGCAUUUAAGUUUUUAUCACACGUUCACGAGUUUAGUGUGACAUUUUCGUUUUCUUUUUCUUCUUCUUCUUUUAUGACAUGUACAAUGCUUGAGUCAACACUCUCUUUACACUUAUUAAGAGAAUGAAUCGAACUCUCAACGGUUUGUAUCGACUAUACGAAUUGACGUAGAAAAUUACUCAAUCAGGGAAUUGAUAAAUUUUUUUUUCUAAAAAUAAUCCGUAUUUAUAUUCUCGAUAGGAACAUUCGUGAUUUAAUAAUCCAAGGCUAACAAAUUCAAUCUCGAAUUAUCUUAAACGUCCUUUGUAGCUGACACUGAGCCGUUUUUGAUUUCUUUAAGCGGGAAACAAUAUAUAUUUGAUCGUGUAUGGGAAAUUAUAGAUCAUUGUCGUACCGACAGACGAUCACGUAAUCGACAGAGAAAGUGAACAUAAGAGAAAUGCAAUAUUUUUCAAGAAUUAUUUUAACAAGCGAUAAAACAAAAAGAAUAAGCGUGAUAUGUAUAUUCUAUUUAAAAAAACAAUAAGGUGUAAGAAUAUAUUUUUAUGUUCGCAAAGAGACUGGGAUAAUUAUUUUAAUGUAGCGAGAUGGUAUUUGACUGUAUUGAACUAUAAUUAAGUCAUUAUGUACAGUCAAUUUUCUAUGGGACGAGUAAGUCGCGUCAAGGACACAGAAAAUUCAUUGGUUCUACAAAAUGAGAAUUAAAUGUACAAUCUUUCAACAAUGACACUUUGUCAUAAAAGCUGUAACGUUUACACCGAACGUUUAUUUCCUUGCCUUGACUUUUUAAAGUCAUUCGUCAUUUAGUCGAAUCAAUGAAUUCUUUUUGCGCACGUUGAGACAAACGGCAUAGUAUUUGGUCCAAUAUUUUUUAACGAUUCGCGAUAAUCGUUGUGAUCGAUCGAAUAAACUUAAAAGCGUUAGUUAAAUAUUGGUUCAGAACGAACGAUUGGAGGAUUUAGCAUAAAACAAUAAUAUAUAUAAUAUAUAUUAUUAUUAGACCAUCCAAUGAUUGCCAUUAGAAGUGCGGGACAAUUAAUCGUCAGAUAGUAAUCAAGUAUGGCGUCUAGAGGGGAGAAUGAAUUCCACUAGUAUGAAAAUAUUUUUACAAUGAUCAAACGGCCAAAGCUUACCCGUUGCCGCUUCUAUAAUGAAAUUUGUGCACGCGGCAUGAGCAAUGGAAAAUAUUUUAUUUACAAUGGCUACACGCAAUUUUGUAGUGUAGUUUGCGAAUGAAUGACGGAAGUGCGACAGCUUCAAAAAUUGAAUAAUGGCGCGUGAUUUGGCGUCCAGUGAUAACGAGAUGGAAUUUGAGAAUAAAAUUGUGUAUUAUAGAAAAGCGUAUGAUUCAUUACUUAACGUUACGGCUGUACAGUAAAUAUUUGUUUGCUCUAAAUUACGCAAUGGAAUUUUAUUGAUUCGAUAUAUUAAUGAAAAUCAUCAUAAUUCGAAGAGGGUGGGUGGUACCAUGACCGUUCAUAUUUAAGAUCGUAUAUAAGUAAUUUAUAAUGAUUUUCAUUGUACGUGUAUGAGAACGCUUUCUAUUUAUUGUCAUGUCCUGAUGAAACUGGUUUUUUUUUUGUAGUGAGCUUCAUAAACGUACGUGCCUAAAAUUUCAAGAAUUGCGAAUUGCCCAUAGUUUUAAAUGAGAUUAGAUAAGAGUGUUGACAAAACUUGGCGAGCCCUUUUUUUGCUCGUUAAUUCUCUUUCUUCUUUGUUUUGAUCUGUAUAACGAUUUUUAUUCUACCGAUAACCUAGUCCUCCAGUUAUGAAUAAUGUGGCUUGGUAAUGCGAUUAUGUUUUAUGUAUCCUGCCUUAUACGUAAACGUGCUUAGCGUAACCCAUGGAAAGAUUAUUGAAGAACGUUUGGCCAAUUUCCUUCGACGAGCCUGUAUCUAAAUUAAUAUUUCAUUUUCUACAGUCUGCAAUCUAAAAAUUAUUUAGGAUACGAAGUCGAACCUUUUUUUAAUAUUAAAUUUCCUUGGGUUUGCACAGUACACACUACCAAAAUGUAUUAUCCCGAUGACAACGCAUUGUAUUAUUAUGUACAUACUUACAUAAAUAUAAUCUAACUCUACACACGCAA